CAACCCACGAGUCGAUACGCUAACUUAAAAGUAUAAAAAUAUAACUUAGGCCUACACCUAAACCAAUACAAGCUAAAUGUCAGUAUGUCUACAAAGGGAGCAACACUGCUGGCAAAGACUCAAUCAAAAGACGCUCUACAGAACCAUGAGCUGUCACUGAAGAAGCUGCUCUCUCCUGAGGCUCAACGCAUCUCAAACAUAUUGGAAAACUGCAUCAGACAAGCUGAGAUUGCAGCCACUCUGCCUGCUGUCCUUCUAAACAGUACGUCCAGUGUUAUGGAUAAGGAGCUGACUAGGGCGCUUGAAAAGCACCGAAUAUUAAGUGAAAGACUGGAGACACUAGUAGGUCUCAAGCAGGAGUCAGAUGGGGAACAGGGAGAGGGAGUUGGGGAAGCAAGGGUGAGAUUAAAAGCUCAGCUUCAUAGGGACAUCAAGAACUCUGUCAGGGAUCUGCUCAGGCUUUUCCGAGACUAUCCAGAUGCAAUUUCUGGCCUGAGGUCAGAGCCAGGUGUGGAAGUAGGGGAGGGUGAGGUCAUACUAAUUAGAGGGCUUGAGAAGUUUCACAGCCAUGUGGUGGAAAAGUUGCUGACCAGUACGCAAAAAGAGGUGCUACAGCUGAUUUCCCACUAGCAGGUGUCUUCAUUCCCUGCCCAGGAUCUGGCACACGUGAUUUUACUGGAAGAAGAAGGCACUGCAGCCAUAAAGAAAAUAGAUGCAGAGAUUUCUCAGACAAAUGCUGAAAUCGAAAAAUUGCAGAGUGCUCUGAGAGAGAAUAACAGACAAGAAGCGGAUAUAUCACUUCUUGCUGACAAGCAGUGCCAGGCACAUAUCAAGUCAGCGAAGAUGAAGCACGCCAGUAUACAACAGGAGAUCGAUCAACUGAACAGUCAGCUCAACAGUUUGACCCUUGAAGACGGGCAGGCAGAGAGAGUAAUCCAAGAGGAAAUUGAAAAGGUGGUGACAGAAAUUGAAUACUUGCUCCAGACUUUUGACAGUAAAAUACAAGAAGUCCAGGCCAACCUGGAGUCAAAUGAAAUGGAGCAGGAAAGGGAGAUGGAGGAGCUGAGGGAGCUGGAGAAACCCUUCACUGUCCUAGAAGUGGAGCACAACCAGAUCCAGGAGAAGCGUCGUCUGGCAGAGGAGAAGAGGAGGGAGGAGAUGGUGGAGCUGGAGCUCAAGACCAAAGCUGCUAUUUUGGCCCAAGCCUGGUGGAGAGGCUACAGUACUCGAAAAGCCUUAAAGAACAAGGGCAAAAGCAAGAAGGCCAAAAAAGGCAAAGGCAAAAAGACUAAAUAAACCAUUGACUGGUUUCACUGUCUGUUGAGUAUAAAUGUUUUUAGAUGUUUUAUUUGCUAAUUAAAAGGAGCCUGUUGUGCAAAUACCAUUA